AUGAACUCAACCAGGCUACAGCUGUUUCUUUUCCUUCUAAUGACAUUGUUCUUCACGACACUGUCAACAGCCCAAGCAGCCCCAGCAUACUCAAAACUCUUCAGGGAAUACAUAGGAGCUGAGGACAACGGUGUCAGAUUCACAGAUGUACCAAUAGAUUCCCGAGUCGAGUUUCACUUCAUCCUCUCCUUUGCAAUUGACUACACAACAUCUUCCCAUCCUAACUGCACCAAUAACUUCACAACAUCUUCCCAUCCAAAACCCACCAAUGGCAACUUUAACGUGUUCUGGGACACAAAGAAUCUCAGCCCCUCUCAUGUUUCCGCUAUUAAGGCUAGUCAUCCAAAUGCUAAAGUUGCUCUGAGUCUUGGAGGAGAUACUGUAAAAGGUAACCAGUAUGCAUACUUCAGUCCUACAUCAAUCAAUUCUUGGGUCAGAAAUGCUAUUGCUUCAAUAGUUCAGAUAACGAAAGAAUACGAGUUGGACGGAAUUGAUAUCGACUGUGAACACUUCCAGACAGAUCCCAAUACAUUUGCUGAAUGCAUUGGGCGACUAUUAUUCCACCUUAAACAAAAUAAUGUUGUGUCCUUCACAUCAAUUGCACCAUAUGAAGAUGAUUCCGUGCAACCAUAUUACUUGGCAUUGUGGAGGAAGUAUGGGCACCUCAUUGACUAUGUUAACUUUCAGUUUUAUGCCUAUAGUAAGGGCACAACAGUAACUCAGUUUAUGAAAUAUUUUGAGACCCAGAGCUCAAAUUACAAAGGUGGCAAGAUUCUAGUGAGCAUUGGAACAGACAAUAGUGGGGGUUUGUCUCCUAAAAAUGGGUUCUUUGAGGCUUGUGCUAGGCUUAAAAGUCAGGGAAAGCUUCAUGGCAUUUUUAUUUGGUCCGCAGACGACUCCAAGAAGGCUUCUUUUCAUCAUGAGAAUCAAUCACAAAGAUUUCUUGCUAGCUAA